AUGAAGUUCUUGCCACAACUGAUGCUAUAUGCAGCCAGCAGUGCUCUGAGUAGCUUGGUUAUGUUUAUAGGGUUACGGAUGCUUCACCCGAAUCAUGACGCAUCCGAGAAAGUAAUGGAAGAAAAGAAGAAAAUCGUUAAAGGGCUGGAUCAUCAUCCCAAGGUUCAGACGAAUCCUUACCAGCAUUUACAUGAAGAUCGGAUUAGUGAACUUCCGGAUGAAAUCCUUAUCUGUAUCUUGUCACUUGUAACGCUUAAAGAAGCUGGCAGAACAAGCAUUUUGUCAAAGAGAUGGAAGCAUGUUUGGACUUAUGUUCCUGAUCUUGAUUUCAACGAACAUAGUAAUGUAUCAUGGGAGAAGGUAAGUUUGGAGAAUUACGUGCGUCACGCAAUAAGGGAAAGGCCCAAGUUUGUUAACUGGGUAAAGAAGGUGUUGCAGUCCCAUCAAACCUUGGUUUUGAAUAAAUUCAGAAUUUAUUGUUAUUUCAGUGGUUCCUUUCGAGAAGAAUUAGAUGAGUGGCUUCAGUUUGCCUUUGACAGGAGAGUUCAAAGGCUGGAAGUGAACCUUUCACACCAUUGCAUAGGUGAGUUCGGUGGUGAGGAUUAUGUUUUGCCUUGUGCAUAUUUUGAGCAGAGAAGUUGGAAUUCUCUCAAAGAGUUGAUUUUUACACGGGUAUAUAUCUCCGGGGGCGAACUUGAACUCCUCUUGAUGAAUUGCAAAAAUCUUGAAAGUUUGGGUGUUCAUUACGCAACAGAGUUAACAACUUUGGAAAUUAGUGGUCCAUUUCUUGCAUUACAACACUUGGAAAUUUCCUAUUGUCCCUUGGAAACCCUCACCAUAAGCAAUGUUAAUCUUAUUUCCCUUAAGAUUUGUCGGCCAGAAGCACUAGUGCUUAAGAAUGUUUCCCAGAUCGCUCAUUUUGGGAUCUCCUCUACUUGUUACGUUAUUGAGGAUGUUGUUCGCCGACUUUCAUGCUGCUUUUCAAAGCUUGAGGUUCUUUCUUUAGUAAUGGGUCCUUCGGUGGUUAGAGAGUAUGAUUGGAAAAAACUACCUCAGCUAUCUGCACUGAAGCAGCUAUCUCUAAUGCUUGUAUUAACUUCUAAAGAGAGCAUGUUUGGAUGUACUUCGUUCUUUAGGGCAUCACCAAACCUGGAGAAGUUUGUAAUACAGCUAGGUUACCCAUUGCAAAUAAGGGCCAGCAGAGAGUCGGAGAAUGUUGUAAAUUACCCUGUUCGACAUCUUAGGGUGGUUGAGAUAUCUCAAUUUCGAGGCCAUUCAAUCGAACUCGAACUAAUCAAGUACUUCCUUGAAAAUGCAAGUUCCCUCCGGAAAAUAACUGUUGAUCCACAUUACAAGCUGUUUGGAUCUUUGGAAUAUAUGGAUCUAUUCUCCAGCCCUCAGUUACGCAGUCGGGCAGCUGAGGUAACAAAUGAGGCCAGAAGGUGUGCUGAGCAGCUCUUAGGAGGGAUGCCUUCACAUGUAACAUUAGAAAUACUGUAG